AUGCUCCACCUCCUGGUAGUGGUUAUCAGUUCAUCACCCAGUCCUGGCCAAACACCACCACCCAAUCAGCAGCAGCCACCUGUAAGCGGUGCAAACGGUCCGCAAAAUCCAGCAACAAGUGUGCAAUCAACGCCGCCACCCACUCAGCCGCCAACGAGUAGUUCCAGUGCAGUUAGCACGGCUGGCCCAACACCAACAUCCCAACAGGCGGGGCAACAACAACAGUCGUCAGCACCACCCGGGCCGCCGGGACCACCUGGAACAGCUUCACAACAGCAACAACAGACACCACAAAAUUAUCCUCCGGCUUCCAACAGUGGACCGCCAACGACUGGACCCCAGGCGACAUACUCUUCACCACCGUCCAGUGUGGCUGGUAACAAUUCACCAUAUGCUCAGCCACCGCCGCAGCAAAAUCCACCCGGUAGCGGACCACCUAAUACCACAGCUCCUCCAUCGAAUGGGCCACCCUAUGGGGCACCACCGCCACCACAAGGUUAUGGUCCACCACCACCCGGUGGAUAUGCCCAGCAUGGUUAUCAUCAGCCGCAGGGCGGCUAUGGUGCUAUGCCACCUCAGGGACAGUAUCCGCCGCCAUCACCGCAUACAAUAUUUAUAUCAACAGUUAUUUGA